AUGCAAUCCGGCGACCGCAACGUCCUCGAUCCGCAGCCCUCCGAGUUCUCCAAAACCGGCACCGACCAGGAGGUCUCCCAGCACGACGCGGCCUUCGACCCCUCCAAGACCUCCCCGGAGAGCGAGAUCCAGGCGGCGCAGGAUGAGACCCAGCAGAGCGGGAAAGUGAGCAACCCGUUGAAUGUUAGCGGUGCGAAUAAAGACGUCAGCCAUGCGCGGGAGCCGACGGAGGGGGCCCCGGAUCGGAAUGCGGACCGCGGUGUUUCGAGUAAGCGCGGGCAGACGAAGAAGGGGAAGGAGGUGAAUGAUUGGAAGAAGAAGUAUUAA